GGCAAAGCGAACGCUCCCACAAUGCACCGCGGCCCAGCUAACGGCUAAGUGUCAGAGUGAGCCUCCACUCUCCUUGCUUUUGUCCGACACAUGAGGGACGUGGCGGCGACCUUUUCCACUCGCACAACGCAUCCCCGCCGACAUGAUGUGCAACACAACCAACCGAAGUUUCCGAAUGCAGCUCGCGGCCAUCAUGGAGAAGCUAACCAAGACGGCCUUGGUGGAGAUCGGCAACCUGGCGGACGAAUGCUCCUCCGUCCUCCUGGGCGAGAUCUCCCUGCACAAAAGCGAGAACGAGGCCCUGAAGAGGAGGUGUUACUCCCUGGAGGUGCAGCUGAGGGCCGCCCGGGAGGCGCACUACUACCCGGCACACGUCAACAGCGUCAACCGGAGGAUGCCAGACAGUCAAGAGGCUCAUAAAUCUGCAGACCAUCAGCAGGACCAACCGUCCAUCGAUGGCGUCUUCGGGAAGGACUGGUGCAUGGACCUGUGGCGAGACGACAAAAGAGUCACCCCUCAGAGGAAAGAGCCGGUGGAACCUGUCGCCAUGCCCAGCAUGACACCAGAGGUGUUGGAUAUCAUCGACCGAGAACCCGAUCUCAUCUUCGUCAAGGAGGAAAUUUAUGACGAUCAUCCGCUCGGGCAGCAGAUGAGGGUGACGGAGAGCAGGAAAGAUGUGGGGAUGGUGGAGGCCCAAAGUUCUCUCCACCGAUCCGUGAGCGAGCUGCAGCUUCAUUCGGAGGACUUGUCCGCCUUCCCCUUGAUGGUGGACGCACAAGUGCAGCGCUCGCAGCCCAGCAUUAUGGACAAGCUGAUCGAGGACGCGGCCAUGAGCACGAUGCUGGACAACACCAACCCGCCCGCGACGACCAGCGACUACGCCGACUACACAAACAGCGCCGUGGUCGCCGCCAAAGAUCUCAUCAGCUUUCCGCUAAAACCCACAAGACCACUGAAGCACUUCCAGUGUCUUUUCUGCGGCAAAGUCUUCAACUAUCUAAGCAGCCUGAAAGUCCACAUCAGACGCCACUCGGGCGAAAAACCUUUCAGCUGCACGGUCUGCGGCAAGUGCUUCGCCCAAAAGACGUACCUGAAGCUUCACCAGCGCGUCCACUCCGGAGAGAAACCCUACAGCUGUCUCAGCUGCGGCAGGAGUUUCUCCCAGAAAAGCUCGCUGAACAUUCAUUUCCGGACGCACACGGGGGAGAAGCCGUACAGCUGCGUGGACUGCGGGAAAUGUUACGCCUACAAGUACGGUUUGAACCACCAUCAGUGUUUCACCCACGCCGUCGACACCAACACCACCUAGAACUGCGGCAGAUGUUCUUCCAUUGGAGUGUUAAGGCCACACUGAAAAAAUAAUGACAUACAGUUAUGAGAAUGAAUCUGUAAUUUUACAAACAGGAAGGAAGUAUGGAUAAAUUCAAACUGUAAAUAAAAUAAUGUAAGAAAAAAAGUGUAAUUCCAAUGAGAAAAAAGUGGUAAUAGAUUUCCUCAGCGUUUAAUUUUACUAUAACUACGUUGUAAAAAUAUGUAAAAAAUAUAUAUAUAUAUAAUACUAAAAGAAUAAAUGUUACAAGAAAAACUUUUUUUUUUUUUUUAAAUUAAAAAUGUUCUAAAAAUAAUGAGAAUUAAGUUGUAAGAAAAUUGAAAAAAAACAUGAAAAUAGGAAUAAUUUACAGUAAAUUACAUGGAUUAUAACUUGAUCUUGUUUUAAAAGAACGAAAAGAAGUUUGCAGGAAUAGUUAUAUCACAACAAACACUUUAAAAAGUCGGGAUAUUACUGGAUUAAAAAUAAUACAAAAAAAUAAAUUUUUGCAAAAACCAAAAACGUUAAUGUUCUGAGGAAAUAAACAAAUUAUAGUAUAAAGUCAAUAAAGACGAUCAAUAAAAUGUUUAAAUAAUUUAAAUAGGAGAGAAAAUACAAAGUACACUAGAAUUUGUGAGAAAACAAAGUGAAAAAAUCACUGUUAAAAUAUAACAUCCUGCACUGCGAUGAGGUGGCGACUUGUCCAGGGUGUACCCCGCCUUCCGCCCGAUUGUAGCUGAGAUAGGCGCCAGCGCCCCCCGCGACCCCGAAAGGGAAUAAGCAGUAGAAAAUGGAUCGAUGCGAUGGAAAAUUAGAAAAAAACAUGAAAAUAGGGAUCAUUUACAGUAAAUUACAUGGGGAUGAUUGGCAACACUAAAUGGGCCCUAGUGUGUGAAUGUUGUCUGUCUGUCUGUGUUGGCCCUGCGAUGAGGUGGCGACUUGUCCAGGGUGUACCGCGCCUUCCGCCCGAUUGUAGCUGAGAUAGGCACCAGCGCCCCCCGCGACCCCAAAAGGGAAUAAGCGGUAGAAAAUGGAUGGAUGGACUUUAAGAAGUCGGGAUAUUACUGGAUUAAAAAUAAUACAAAAAAAUACAUUUUUGCAAAAACCCAAAACGUAAAUGUACUGAGAAAAAAACAAAUUGGAGUAUAAAGACGAUCAAUAAAAUGUUUAAAUAAUUAUAAUAGGAGAGAAAAGACAAAAAUACAAAGUUCACUAGAAUUUGUGAGAAAACAAAGUGAAAAAAUCCCUGUUAAAAUAAUUUUCAUAAAAUAUAACAUCCUGCACUGCGAUGAGGUAGCGACUUGUCCAGGGUGUACCCCGCCUUCCGCCCGAUUGUAGCUGAGAUAGGCACCAGCGACCCCAAAAGGGAAUAAGCGGUAGAAAAAGGAUGGAUGGAUACAUGGAUUAUAACUUGAUCUUGUUUUAAAAGAACGAAAACAAGUUUGCAGGAAUAGUUAUAUUACAACAAACACUUUAAGAAGUCGGGAUAUUACUGGAUUAAAAAUAAUAAAAAAAAAUACAUUUUUGCAAAAACCCAAAACGUAAAUGUACUGAGAAAAAAACAAAUUGGAGUAUAAAGACGAUCAAUAAAAUGUUUAAAUAAUUAUAAUAGGAGAGAAAAGACAAAAAUACAAAGUUCACUAGAAUUUGUGAGAAAACAAAGUGAAAAAAUCCCUGUUAAAAUAAUUUUCAUAAAAUGCACUGGCGACUUGUCCAGGGUGUACCCCGCCUUCCGCCCGAUUGUAGCUGAGAUAGGCGCCAGCGACCCCCGCGACCCCGAAAGGGAAUAAGCGGUAGAAAAUGGAUGGAUGGAUACAUGGAUUAUAACUUGAUCUUGUUUUAAAAGAACGAAAAGAAGUUUGCAGGAAUAGUUAUAUCACAAUAAACACUUUAAGAAGUCGGGAUAUUACUGGAUUAAAAAUACAAAAAAAUACAUUUUUGCAAAAACCAAAAACGUAAAUGUACUGAGAAAAAAACUAAUUUGAGUAUAAAGUCAAUAAAGACGAUCAAUAAAAUGUUUAAAUAAUUUAAAUAGGAGAGAAAAGACAAAAAUACAAAGUUCACUAGAAUUUGUGAGAAAAAGUGAAAAAAUCCCUGUUAAAAUAAUUUUCAUAAAAUAUAACAUCCUGCACUGCGAUGAGGUAGCGACUUGUCCAGGGUGUACCCCGCCUUCCGCCCGAUUGUAGCUGAGAUAGGCACCAGCGACCCCAAAAGGGAAUAAGCAGUAGGAAAUGGAUGGAUGGAUACAUGGAUUAUAACUUGAUCUUGUUUUAAAAGAAAGAAAACAAGUUUGCAGGAAUAGUUGUAUAACAACAAUCACUAAGAAAUCGGGAUAUUAGUGGAUUAAAAAUACAAAAAAUACAUUUUUGCAAAAACCAAACAACGUAAAUGUACUGAGAAAAAAACAAAUUGGAGUAUAAAGACGAUCAAUAAAAUGUUUAAAUAAUUAUAAUAGGAGAGAAAAGACAAAAAUACAAAGUUCACUAGAAUUUGUGAGAAAACAAAGUGAAAAAAAUCCCUUUUAAAAUAACUUUCAUAAAAUAUAACAUCCUGCACUGUGAUGAGGUGGCGACUUGUCCAGGGUGUACCCCGCCUUCCGCCCGAUUGUAGCUGAGAUAGGCACCAGCGACCCCGAAAGGGAAUAAUCGGUAGAAAAUGGAUGGAUGGGAUGGAAAAUUUGAAAAAAAACAUGAAAAUAGGGAUCAUUUACAGUAAAUUACAUGGGGAUGAUUGCCAACACUAAAUGGGCCCUAGUGUGUGAAUGUUGUCUGUCUAUCUGUGUUGGCCCUGCGAUGAGGUGGCGACUUGUCCAGGGUGUACCCCGCCUUACGCCCGAUUGUAGCUGAGAUAGGCACCAGCGCCCCCAAAAGGGAAUAAGCAGUAGAAAAUGGAUGGAUGGAUACAUGGAUUAUAACUUAACACUUUAAGAAGUCGGGAUAUUAGUGGAUUAAAAAUAAUACAAAAAAAUACAUUUUUGCAAAAACCAAAAACGUAAAUGUACUGAGAAAAAAACAAAUUGGAGUAUAAAGACGAUCAAUAAAAUGUUUAAAUAAUUAUAAUAGGAGAGAAAAGACAAAAAAUACAAAGUUCACUAGAAUUUGUGAGAAAACAAAGUGAAAAAAUCCCUGUUAAAAUAACUUUCAUAAAACAUCCUGCACUGCGAUGAGGUGGCGACUUGUCCAGGGUGUACCCCACCUUCCGCCCGAUUGUAGCUGAGAUAGGCACCAGCGCCCCCCGCGACCCCAAAAGGGAAUAAGCGGUCGGAAAUGGAUGGAUGGAUACAUGGAUUAUAACUUAAUGUUGUUUUAAAAGAACAAAAACAAGUUUGCAGGAAUAGUUAUAUUACAACAAACACUUUAAGAAGUCGGGAUAUUACCGGAUUAAAAAUAAUACAAAAAAAUACAUUUUUGCAAAAACCAAACAACGUAAAUGUACUGAGAAAAAAACAAUUUGGAGUAUAAAGACGAUCAAUAACAUGUUUAAAUAAUUAUAAUAGGAGAGAAAAGACAAAAAUACAAAAUUCACUAGAAUUUGUGAGAAAACAAAGUGAAAAAAAUCCCUGUUAAAAUAACUUUCAUAAAAUAUAACAUCCUGCACUGUGAUGAGGUAGCGACUUGUCCAGGGUGUACCCCGCCUUCCGCCCGACUGUAGCUGAGAUAGGCGCCAGCGACCCCAAAAGGGAAUAAGCGGUAGGAAAUGGAUGGAUGGAUACAUGGAUUAUAACUUGAUCUUGUUUUAAAAGAAAGAAAACAAGUUUGCAGGAAUAGUUAUAUUACAACAAUCACUAAGAAAUCGGGAUAUUACUGGAUUAAAAAUAAUACAAAAAAUACAUUUUUGCAAAAACCAAAAACGUAAAUGUACUGAGGAAAUAAACAAAUUAUAGUAUAAAGUCAAUAAAGACGAUCAAUAAAAUGUUUAAAUAAUUUAAAUAGGAGAGAAAAUACAAAGUUCACUAGAAUUUGUGAGAAAACAAAGUGAAAAAAUCCCUGUUAAAAUAACUUUCAUAAAAUAUAACAUCCUGCACUGCGAUGAGGUGGCGACUUGUCCAGGGUGUACCCCGCCUUCCGCCCGAUUGUAGCUGAGAUAGGCGCCAGCGCCCCCCGCGACCCCGAAAGGGAAUAAGCGGUAGAAAAUGGAUGGAUGCGAUGGAAAAUUUGAAAAAAACAUGAAAAUAGGGAUCAUUUACAGUAAAUUACAUUGGCAACACUAAAUGGUCCCUAGUGUGUGAAUGUUAGUGUGAAUGUUGUCUAUCUAUCUGUGUUAGCCCUGCGAUGAGGUGGCGACUUGUCCAGGGUGUACCCCGCCUUCCACCCGACUGUAGCUGAGAUAGGCACCAGCGACCCCGAAAGGGAAUAAGCGGUAGGAAAUGGAUGGAUGGAUACAUGGAUUAUAACUUAACACUUUAAGAAGUCGGGAUAUUACUGGAUUAAAAAUAAUACAAAAAAAUACAUUUUUGCAAAAACCCAAAACGUAAAUGUACUGAGAAAAAAACAAUUUGGAGUAUAAAGACGAUCAAUAAAAUGUUUAAAUAAUUAUAAUAGGAGAGAAAAGACAAAAAUACAAAGUUCACUAGAAUUUGUGAGAAAACAAAGUGAAAAAAAUCCCUGUUAAAAUAACUUUCAUAAAAUAUAACAUCCUGCACUGCGAUGAGGUGGCGACUUGUCCAGGGUGUACCCCGCCUUCCGCCCGAUUGUAGCUGAGAUAGGCACCAGCGCCCCCCGCGACCCCGAAAGGGAAUAAGCGGUAGAAAAUGGAUGGAUGGGAUGGAAAAUUUGAAAAUAGGGACCAUUUACAGUAAAUUACAUUGGCAACACUAAAUUGGCCCUAGUGUGUGAAUGUGAGUGUGAAUGUUGUCUGUCUAUCUGUCUUGGCCCUGCGAUGAGGUGGCGACUUGUCCAGGGUGUACCCCGCCUUCCGCCCGAUUGUAGCUGAGAUAGGCACCAGCGCCCCCAAAAAGGGAAUAAGCGGUAGAAAAAGGAUGGAUGGAUACAUGAAUUAUAACUUGACCUUGUUUUAAAAUAACGAAAACAA